AUGCUCAGCUCACAAACAGAUCAACCACAAAACUUGUACCAACUCAUCUUUGAGACCAAGAAUCCUGAUCAAGGCUUCUCGGAUGAUGUGCCUUUGCUUAUUGAUGCCGAAAACACGGAGCGCUAUUAUACCUUCAACGAGUUGCGUACCAAAGUCCGUGCAUUUGCCCAUGCACUCUUAGGCCCAUCUUUGGGUGUCCAGCAAGGAGAUGUCGUUGCUAUUUGCUCUCGCAAUGAUAUUGAGUACUACCCUGCUUUCCAUGGCAUUAUGGCCGCAGGAUGUGUUGCUUGCCCCUUACGCUCGUUCUUGUCGGCGGAUGAUAUUUCUAGGAUCUUCCAAAUUAGUGAUCCCAAGCUUGUCAUUGCUCACAUGGAUACGGUACAGCUCAUGUGGGAUGCCAUGAAGCUGUAUGGCAAGCAACUUCCCAUGCUCGUUAUGGCCACAAAACAAGCACCAUCUGGAACACAGCUCUUUACGGAUUUCUUGCAGCCUAUCGAUGAAGAACAACAAUUGCCACACGUCUCUCCCGAUGCUCCUGCUCACCUUUUGUGCACAUCAGGUACCACUGGAGCUUACAAAUUGGUUAAUGGAACCCAUGCUGUAGAAAUGCGCCGCGUCAAAUUUAUAGCCGAAGAGGCUGAUCGAGAAAUGCUUGGCAGCAGCUGUGCUCUCACCGUGUUGACCUGCGGCAACUUUGCAAGUGCACACAAUUUGGUCCAUUCAUUGCAACCUUGGCUGUAUAGCCGUUACCGCCAGUAUGUUACGGAUAGCAUGGAUGAGAAUGUGAUAUUGCGUUACCUACGUGAAUUCAAAUGUGCCUCCCCCAAUGUUCUCCCAUGUCAUGUGUUGACUCGAUUGGUGUACCUUAUUCAAUCCAUUCAACAAGCUGGGGAUGAGACCUUGGAUUUAUCAUCACUCAAAAUGUUGUGUGGUGCAGGUCAGCCUUUGGAUCCCAAGGUCAUUGAACGUGCUGCUGGAAUUGUGCCAAACACCGAUGUCUUAGUUUGCUUUGGUUCAACCGAAUGUGGUUACAAAUUCGUGCGAGCCAUCAAUGGAGCGUAUCAAACUUACAAGGGCAAAUACGCUCGUGAGAACGAUGAGCGAUUCGAAUUCAAAUUGGUAGAUGAAAAUGGAAAAGCUGUUCCACGUGGAUCUCAAGGCGAGAUGCUCUUCAAGUCUCCCAUGAUCUUUAAAAGCUACUACAACAAUCCAGAAAAGACUGCAGAGUCGUUUGAUGAAGAAGGAUUCUUCCGCACAGGUGACAUUUUCGUCAUGGAGGAGGAUGAACGUAUCCGUUGGCUCGGUCGUGCAUCCGAAAGAAUCAAGACAUAUAACAAACCCGUUGUCCCAAAACCCAUUGAGGACCUCUGUAUGGCAUUUGGAGGCAUUAGAGAAUGCGCUGCAGUGGGUGCGUUUAGCAAGAAGCGCGUGUAUGAGCUUCCUCGUGUCUAUAUUGUCCCCGAGCCCGGUAAUAAUGAUCAAGAUCCGGAGAAGCUGGCCGAAGCCGUGGCUCAAUUUGUAAAUGAACGUGUGCCUGAAAAAGAUUCCGAGUUGACUGGUGGGGUUAAAGUUAUUUCUGCUCUUCCUCGUACAGCCGUAGGAAAAGUCAAUAGAUUCGUUCUACGACAAUGGGCUCAAGAUGAGGUGGAAUAA